AUGGUUUGUGAAAAAUGCGAGAAAAAACUUGGUCGUGUUAUUACACCAGACCCAUGGAAGACUGGUGCUAGAAACACAGUUGAAUCUGGAGGCAGAAAAGUUGGUGAAAACAAGGCAUUAACUGCAAAGAAAGCUCGAUUCAAUCCUUACACGGCUAAAUUCGAUGAAUGCAAAAUAUGUAGAAUGAAAGUACACCAAGUUGGUUCACACUAUUGCCAAGCCUGUGCAUACAAAAAAGAACUGUGCUACGAAUUUCGAAUAAUAUACUAUUACACAAAUAUCGCUGGGAUAUUUUUAAGAACAGCUCCUGAAUACCGAGAUUCAUAUUACAAAGAUUCCUUAAGUGAUGAAGAUGAAAUUGUGGCAAUUGCUAUUGUUGACAGAAAUUCUUUUUUUAAAACGGAGAACAAAGACAUUCCACCUCAUUUAAGAAGUCAAAAAUUAGCACCGAAAAUAUUAAAUAUGCAAAAUACAUACGGCAAUCACUACGAAGAUGUAAGCGACACUGAUGAGGAUGAAUCCAACGAGGAAGAUUUAAGUAAUCUAAAACUAACUCCACUACAAAAAAAUAUGUUGAGAAAAAAGUGGCGAAGUUCAUGUGACAAAAGUGCGGCAAAAACAUGUACAAAGGCUUGUAAAAUGGUGCGCAAAAAUGUUUGCCGUAUUUACCGUUGCAAGAAAAGUUUAAGUAAAAGUUUCAAAAAGGAAUGCAAGCGAAGUUGCAAGUUAAACUUUAUGAGUUCUUCUGACUCCGAAUGA